GCGUUUUAUUGCAAUUCCAUGAUUUUCACAAAUUUCGGUUUAUUCGAUUGCAGAAGAACGAAAUGUGCAAGACCGUCUUGAUUCUUGUGGCAACGAGUUUCCUAUGGAUUUCACAGGUGAAAUCGACGGAUCUUGAUAAUCACACGAAUUGGAAACAUUUGCCCACUAAGGAUUGCGGAAAGGCGUCUCCAGCGGAUAGACUCAUCGGAGGUGAGCAGGCGAAACUUGGUCAAUUUCCAUGGAUGGUUCUGAUAAAAUUUAAUGGAGCGCUUUGCGGUGGGACAUUACUCAACAAAUAUUACGCGUUGACUGCCGCUCACUGCUUCAAUGAAACUGUUGAAUACAUAACGGCGACCUUAGGAAUUAUUUUCAAUAAACCUCCAUAUUGUGAGGGUGAUGGUUGUGUCUCCACCGCACAAGUCAUGAACAUCAGUGAAGCUCACAAAUCUGAGGAUAUUGACUUAGGUCUGCUUCAAUUUUCUCAACCAGCUGAAUAUAACGAAAACGUCCAACCGAUCUGCUUGCCUCGUGGAGAUAUCGUCGACCAUCCAGAAAACUACUUAACCAUGGGCAAGCAUUUUUUAACUGUAUCCGGAUGGGGUUACGUAAAUCAUAGAGAAAAAAUUUUAUCACCAUAUCUUAUGUAUGGGAAAUUUGGCUUUGUUGACAAUUACGAUUAUCCAAAUUGCUGCGGCCCAGAUAAACUAGUAGUAAGCGUUGGAGGGAACGGAACAAAUAUUUGUUACGGAGAUUCCGGAUCGCCGGCGGUGCAACUACAGAAGUUAGACGAAGGUCCUGAAAGGUAUUUUCUUCUGGGGGUCACAUCUGCCAUAAGCGCGGAUAGGACGUGCGAAGAAACUGUCGGCGUUCUCGUAAAUAUAGCUCACGUAUUGGAGUGGAUACUGGAUCAUGUCAAUAAAUCGUAAUACAAAAAGGAUAUAAUGAAAUAAAA